GCAAGCCGGACACAGGAUCUGUGUCGAAACUUUGUGGGGUUGUGCUGUCGACUUUAGAAACUACUGAGAAAGCACUGUUUUCAGGUUUUGGAUCUAGCCAGGAAUUAGCAGUCACGUGACCAGUGGUAAAAGCUUUUCGCGGUCCACGUGAUAUUACAAACUUAGCAUGGCUUCAUAUGUCACGGAAUACUGUAGAUCCUCAGUAUAGAUCUAUAUAUAAAUCUGUACAUGCAGUCAGGCGAAGCUCUCGAGUGAUUUAAAUGUUCUCCCGGAUGACAAUGACUUAAUGAAACGAUUUCUUAGCGCAGAGUGUUCCAAGGAAUUCCAAGGAAUCUUUGAAGAUGAGAUCAUUGGUGCAUAGUGUACACUAAGCGUUUCUGGACAUUAUGCCAGUUGAAGAGGUCUGUGAUGGUGUUUCAGCAGAGGAUGAUGCUAAGACAGGGUCAGAUGUUCCUUUCCUUUUAGAGGAGCGUGUAAAAGAGAAGGUGCCAUGGAAGGAGGUGUUGAGAAGGAAGGUGGGAAAAAAGUGUUCCUGCAGUUCUGCUCGAGUCAAAGCCCUGCUCGUAGACUCCAUCCCAAUCAUCAAAUGGCUGCCGCGAUAUCAAUUCAAAGACUGGAUCAUUGGGGAUGCCAUGUCUGGCCUUAUCAUCGGCAUCCUGUUGGUUCCCCAGUCCAUCGCUUAUUCUUUACUGGCAGAACAAGACCCUAUUUAUGGGCUCUAUACUUCCUUCUUUGCCAGCAUUAUUUAUGCCCUGCUGGGAACCUCCAGGCACAUAUCCGUUGGGAUGUUUGGGGUAUUGUGUCUUCUGGUGGGACAGGUUGUGGAUAGGGAGCUUACUCUGGCAGGAUACUCAUCGGACACCAAUCAGACCAUCAUGGGAAUUGUGGACAACAGCACUGGUCCAAUCUGUGACCGAAGCUGCUAUGCAAUCAUGGUGGGAGCAACCUUAACUUUCACAGCAGGGGUCUACCAGGUGUUAAUGGGUCUCUUACAGGUUGGCUUUGUCUCAGUCUUCCUCUCGGACUCUCUGUUGAGCGGUUUCGCUACUGGCGCCUCUCUCACCAUCCUCACGUCCCAGAUAAAGUACUUUCUGGGGCUUCACCUUCCUCGUGUCCAAGGCUGGGGUUCGCUCAUAAAAACCUGGGUCUCUCUGCUGAAGAAUCUAGGUCAUACCAACAUAUGUGACCUCAUAACAAGUGUGAUCUGCUUGCUUGUACUUGUACCCACGAAAGAGCUCAACGACCGCUUCAAGGCUAAGCUCAAAGCCCCUAUUCCCUUUGAGCUAUUUGUGGUCAUUGCUGCUACUCUAGCCUCCCAUUUUGGAAAGUUCAAGGAAACUUAUGGCUCGGAUGUAGCCGGCAACAUUCCUACAGGGUUUAUGCCGCCACAGCUUCCGAACUGGUCCCUCAUACCCAAUAUUGCCGUUGAUGCAUUUUCGAUUGCCAUUGUUGGUUUCGCCAUUACUGUGUCUCUGUCCGAGAUGUUUGCCAAGAAGCAUGGUUAUAUGGUGGACCCUAACCAGGAGAUGUAUGCCAUUGGGUUCUGUAAUAUCAUUCCUUCCUUCUUCCGUUGUUUCACGACCAGCGCCGCCUUGACUAAAACUCUUGUGAAGGAGUCCACUGGUUGCCAGACUCAGGUCUCGGGGUUGGUGACCGCCCUAGUUCUGCUGCUCGUCCUGCUUGUUAUUGCACCUCUCUUCUACUCAUUGCAGAAAUGUGUUCUGGCCGUCAUCAUAGUCGUCAACCUCCGUGGGGCACUGCGAAAGUUUGUGGACAUUCCCCAAAUGUGGCGUGUCAACCGUGUGGACGCUAUCAUCUGGCUGGUUACCAUGUCUGCAUCAGCACUAGUGAACACUGAGCUAGGUCUGCUGGUUGGAGUUCUGGUCUCUGCGUUCUUUGUGCUAGGCCGAACCCAGUCUGCCCAAGUCCUUCAGCUGGGCCAAGCAGGGGAUCGUGAGCUCUUUGAGGACAUUGGGUCUUACAAGGGCCUUCAGACCCAACCAGGAGUGGCUGUUUUCCGAUAUGAGGCUCCUAUCUACUACGCCAACCAAACUCUAUUUAAGAAGUCACUGUACCGCAGUGUGGGACUGGAUCCACUUAAAGAAAAGGCCAGGCGUAGGAAACUAGAGAAGCAAAAGACUCAGAAACAAGGUGUUGAAGACCAGAAGCAAGAGAUGGAUGUGUCCACCAAUGUGUAUCUGCUACAGCACACCAGUUUACACACAUUGGUCAUGGAUUGCAGUCCAGUGCUGUUUCUGGACACUGCUGGAGUCAAUGCUUUGAAAGAGGUAUGCAAGGACUACAAGGAGCUGGGAGUCAAUGUAUUUUUGGCACAAUGCAACACCUCCGUCAUUGAUUCCUUGCGAAGGGGAGGCUACUAUGACCCAAAGAAAGGGACCAAAGAAAUAAAGUUUCACACUGUUAGUGAUGCCAUCGCUUAUGCCCAAAGUUUGAAGUCACAGAAUGGUGAUUGUGACACUGUUGUGUAAUAAUUUGUAAUGCAUUGAUUUGUAAGCAAAGUUGUCUUUGCAUUUAAUAUUUGUAUGAUUUGGCAAUAUAUAGAGAUUUAAAUUUAAAGGCACCCAUACACUACAAGAUAAUUGGGCCCAAUUCUCCUUUUCUGACAAUCCUAGGUAAAGUCCCGAUUAUCUUGAUGGUUCUCUACAGGUUAUCUUAUCAGAUUUUCUGUGGUGUGAGGUGUGCUAAGUGUGAUUGAGUCUGCUCGGAAGAAUGUCGAGGCCACACCGAUCUCAAAUCGUAAAUAUACAUGUUGAAUAUUUAAGAUCAGAAAUCCUGUUGUGUACACUCUGUAGUUUGUCACGUGGAAAGAAAGGAUACCCAGUCACAAAGUGAGCUGAUGGAUGACGGAGCAUAACACUACUUCAUCCAAACCUUUUUCUUUUUUCCCCUGAAAAAAGCAGUCCAAACACUAUUAUUGCCAUUUCUUCUUGCCAGUUGUCCGCCAUUUUUGUUUACUUUAAAGUCGCUUUAGACCGUGAGAGAUUUUGCGAGAUUUCUUAUGUUCACAGUCGGGACUCUGGUUGUGUGUGGCACUCCACAAAACCGCUAAAUCUAUGAUUUAUAUUUGUGGUCUCUCAUAUUUUGAAAAUCUGAUAAGGGUUUAAGACUUUUAGUGUGGGCCAGCCUUAAAUGAUUUCAGAAUUAUAUAGUGCACCCAAAAAGGAUAUUCUGUCAUCGUUUACUCACCCGCCUGUUGUGCCUUUAUAUCAUCUGUGGAAUAUAAAAGAACAGUAUUUUUGUCCAUACAGUGAAAGUGGUGACCAAAACAAUAUGCCUCAUUUUUCAAACAUUUUUUCAAAAUAUUUGUUUGUGAACUAUCUCUUUAAGGUUCUGAAAAUGGAUAGACAAUCAUCUGUUCACGUCUCUUUUAACAAAAUUGGCAUUAAAAGAAAAGAUGUGCUGUAUUGUUCAGGGCAUUUAAAUAGAAGUUCAAACACUGUUGACUGUAGGUUAUUGUGUAUCUCAUGACAUUUACCUUACAAUUUAUGUAUUAUGACAUUUACACAUUUUAUAACACAUUUUGCUUAAUAGCUAAAGUUCAGUAUAUAAUGGCUCUAUUUUUCUACAUGAAUAGAAAUGGUUUAUGCUAGACAAGCUCUAGCUUGUAUAUCUACUCCUUAUCUCCUUCCACUCUAGUUUUGUUGCUUAUUCAGUAAGAAUUAUGCGUUAUACAAUCUCAUUUGUGAUAUUUACCCAGCUUUAUGGGUACUUGUGCAGUUUUAAAUGACCAUAAAGCUUAGAUAUAUACUGAGCAAUUGUUGUCUGAGUGAAUGCAAGUUGAACUCUUUCACCCAGUCACCAGAUGUUUACCUCAAUUGCAGAGGCACCAGAGUGCUGAUGUGCCUUGUCACUGUGACUGUGCAGUCACAGAGUAGCUUUUGAAAAAGUGCACCCUUCCUUUCUUUUGUCUAUGACUCAGCUUUCAUUCUGUAUAGAGAGUAAAGAGGGCUCAGGUAAAGCAUUUUUAAUGGCAUCAUGUCUGACCUGUUGAGCAGGUCUGAAGGAGCUGGAGACACAGCCGGAUGAUCCAACUGUUACUGCGUACUAAGCUCAGGGAAUUGACACAAUCUGUCCUUCUUUUGGCUGAAUUUGAACAGAAUAUACAAUCCUUCUAAAAUGGAGCUUUUGCAAUAUAUCAUUAAUAGAAUUCUAGCUCAAAUAGAAAUACUAUUGAAUUGUGUAUUUAAACCUUUUAGUGCAGACUCGGAACUAUGUAGUUAUAAGUUUACGCAGUGUCUUUAUUUAUUGAAACAUUUCUAAUGGCUUUUAGAUUCUUUUAGUUUCUGUGCAUCUUAAUUACUUGGUAUUAUAAUUACUGCAUAAGCUCACAGGCUUUACUUAAUUGUUACAGAUGUAUUUUAUGUUCUUAAAAUAUCUACAAUCCAGGUAUUCCCAUAUCUAUGCAACUAUAGCUAUGACUAUAUAUUGUAUGUUUGAGAUCAUGGGUAUUGCUGGGAAGCCUAUAUCCUACAUUUUGUUUUCUACAAAUAUAAUUGUUCUUAUAAUUAAUACAAAAUAAAUUGAAUGUUUAC